UCCAUCGGAUCUUUUCUCUUUUGAUUCCAAAUAUUUUAAACAUUUUGGGGAAGAAGACAAAGCAAAAACUUCUCGUCUCAACACGAACCAGCCAUUCCUUAAGAUUUUCCGACAGUUUUCCAGAGAAAAGAUGGAGUUUCAGGAAGCGAGAGAGAGCAACAUGGACAUGGAGGAAGAAGAAGAAGUAGCAGUGAUGGAGGAGAGAAUAUAUGUUGCCGUAGGAAGAGAAACCGCGAAGAACAAGUCAAAUCUAAUAUGGGCAAUCGAUAACUCUGACGGGAACAAGAUCUGCAUCGUUCUUGUUCACCGACCAGCUCAAAUGAUUCCUGUUUUGGGUACGAAAUUCGAUGCUGCAACGGUAGAUGAGGAAUUAGUGAGGGCAUACAGAGAAAAACAAAAGACGAAAACAGACAAGAUUCUUGAUGAGUACCUUAGAAUCUGCCUGCAGAGAGGAGUACAAGCCGAGAAGCUGUGUGUUGAGAUGGACUCGAUCGAGAUGGGAAUUGUGCAGAUGAUUUCUGAGAAGAGAGUCAGGAAGCUCAUAAUGGGAGCAGCUGCAGACUAUCACUAUUCAACGAAAAUGGAGGAAUUGAGAUCAAAGAAAGCCAUCUUCAUCUGCCAACAUGCAUCAGCGACUUGUCAUAUACGGUUUAUCUGCAAAGGACAUCUCAUACACACAAGAGAAGCUAGAAGGGAUGAAGUCCGAGCUCUCUCAGCUCUAUUAUCUGACUUUCAGAGGCUUGUGUCCUCAAAAAGUUGCACCAAUUCAGAAAUGCAGAGUGGAAGUUCAAAAGGUAAAAACGAGUCGGAAGAAGAAGAGGAGGAGGAAGACGAGGAGGAGAGAAUAUCACGAACCAGCUCUUCUCGGUCUGCUGGUACAUUGUCAUACAAUGGAGGGUCUGAGGCUUCAUCAAGUUUGACAGAAGAGAAAUCAAACCGCUCCUCUCCUCCCUCUUUACCUUGCAGCGGGAUGGGGAUCGGCAUGAUAACCUUCCUGAUCAACUCCACCAAACUCUGGCAUAGGCUUGCCAUCCAAAACCAUAAGCAGUGUGAGUGACCCCACCGUUACCUGAAAAGCUACAGAGGAGGAAGAAGUCAAAUAAUAUAAAGCUGCAAAGAUCUUGGUCACAUGUGUAAAUACGAUGUAUGUAAUAUUUGUAAAAACCCAUUUGUGUGAGGUGAAGAUGCUUUGAGGUCUUCUCUCUCCUUGUCAUUUUGUGAGGCUUAUGAA